AUGACUCCAUGGUCUUCAUUUCCUCGUCUUUCCCAUUUUUAUUCCAUCUUUCUCCUUACUCUUCUUUUUUUUUCUUCUUAUUUUUUCUUUUUAUUCUCCUCCUCCUUCUGUAAUUUUCUUCUUCUUCUUCUUCUUCUUCUUCUUCUUCUUCUUCUUCUUCUUCUUCUUAAUUUUUUUUUCAAAACUCUCCUCUUUUCUCUUAUUUUCCUUGUCUGUCUUCCUCUAUUACUACUAAUUUGUCAUAUCCUUUUCUUUUCAUCCUCUAUACUCACUCUCUUUCACUUGUCUAAUCUCCAUUCCUCCCCUUUUUUCCUUCUUUCUGGCAUAUCCGCUUUCUCUCCUCCUUCCUUCUCAGUCUUUCCGUUCCUAUCCUUUUCCUCUUCCUUCUCCUUCCUUCCUUUCUCUAUUUCCUUCAUAAACGCUCCCCAUUUACACUUUCUUUCUAUCUAUCUAUCUAUCUAUCUAUCUGUCUGUCUGUCUGUCUCAGUUAAUUCGUACAUAAGUCCUUUCUUUUUUUCUUUCUUUCUAUCUAAGUUAAUUGAUACAUAUGUUCUUUUUUCUUUCUUUCUACCUAUUUCAGCUAAUUCACAUAAGUCCUUUCUAUCUAUCUAUCUAUCUAUCUAUCUAUCUAUCUAUCUAUCUAUCUAUCUAUCGUUCGUUCGUUAA